AUGACGCCAAUGAUUGAGAGAACACAGCCAGAAAGUGCUGAGACUGCGCUCUCACUGCUCCGCCCUUUCCCCCGUGCUAAGGACGAUGAGCAUGCUUGGCGUUCCAAAGAUUUCACCCCCGUAAAUGACUCCAUCAGGGGCGGCAUUAGCAACAGCGAUCUCGAAGUGGUAGGAGAGCACAUCAAGGAGGCUUGGCCCCACAGGGACGCAGGUGCAUCUGCUUCUGACCUUGGCGAGGCCAUCUUCUCAGGAUUCUUGGGUAAGCUUGGUUUCGAGGGCCGUUCGGUGUGUGUGUACAUCGUGCUCACUUUGAUUCAUGCCUUGUCGGUGCAGACACGACGAAGCUUGGAGGAGCGGGCUUUGCUUCCCAAUCUUUUACUCGACCUCUGCCGCAGAAGCUCGACGCGCAUCACUUCUCGGGUCUCCGACUCGUCAUUCGUCAUCCACACGACUCGGCUGCAAGUCAGCCGGCCUCGGAGCCUGGAGGUGGCGAAGCACCUGUGCACAGCUACGUCCUCAAUCUGCGCACCGCUGAUCCGGUGAAGCGUCCGGAUGGCCGAAACGAGUCUGCCAUCGUUUACGAGUGGGACUUCGACGCUAGCAAGGCGCAGGGCUUCAAUGAUAGCUCCUCCUGCCGCAGCAAGGCUGGAAUACCAGCGUAUGUGGAGGCACAAUGGCAAGAUUUUGCCGCCACGUAUCGUGGUAGGCCUGCAAAGGACGCAGAGAAACUUGACCCAGCUAAGAUCAAGGGCUUCAGCAUUAUGGCGAGAAGCAAUUUCGGUGUGAGUGCAGUGCGAGGAAUCAGGAUGCAAAGGCGCUUUGAGCUUGAGCUGACUUUCGAAGAGGUCACGAUGCUCAGAAACAAUCUGGCAAGUUCGAGCUGCGCUUGGUUGAGCUGCAAGCGCUGCGAAGCACUGGCUCAGCUAUUGGUACCAGUCAUGCCAUUGAGCCACGCGUCUCCCCUAAAGACGCACUCAACGAGAAACAUUCACUGAUGGGGUUUCAUCAAACUAUGGACCCGUUGAGCGUCCUGCAAUCUGGCGAAACGGAGGAAUACCCCGGAAAGCCUCGCUUUGAGGAGGAGGGCCAUCAGAAUGGGCUGAGAGCCGCAAAGACAUCGACGACUCUACUCGUCUUUGUCUUUGCUAUCCUGCUCGGACUCGGCUGGCUUGUCUGGUCCAGCAAACCUCGCGCUAUUCUGAAAAAGGUUGGCUGGCAUCACUGCCAUGAUAAUUGA